UCCUCUCCGUGGCCGCGGAUGCAGGGCUGACCGGCCCAUACGUCUAGCCGGAGCCGGGCCGAGCCGGCAGCGCGUCGAGACGAGACGAGACAGGUCGACGCAGGUCGGGGCGGCCCUCAGGCGCUGGACAAGCCGCGACGUGUCUGGGCCCGCCAUGCGUCCCGACGCCGCAGCCGACGCCUCGGUGGAGGGCCGAGCAUUGUCGGGCUGGCCUUGAGGCCCUGCACUGCAGAGACCUGCAGCCUCAGUGCGCUAGCGCCAGCGAGUGAUGCUGUGUAAUGGACCCCUGGAAGUGGGGGCGGUCCUGGGGCCCCAGCGGGGGUCCGGGGCCCGGGCCGACGACACCUGGGCCUGGCGCGCACGUACCCAUGAUGGCGGGGCCCAUGGCGGGGCCCAUGGCGGGCUCCAUGUCCGGGCCGCCCAUCCUGGUGGGCGAGCGGAUUCUGUGGCUGGGCAGCGGCAGCGGGGUGCCCCAAGGCGGCGCCGUGCGUUGGAUGGGGAAGCUACCCGAGAUGGGCCCGUCGUGGACGCUGGGCAUCGAGUUGGACAUGGCGCUGCCCUACGGUGGCAUCGACGGCUGGUGGGGCGGCCGCCGGCUCUUCUCCUGCGAGGCGCGCCGCGGCCUGCUGGUGCCCCUGUCCAGCGUGGUGCGCGAGCCGCAGUCCGCAGGACUUGCUAAUUGGCAACACCCGUGCGAGCAGCAGGCGGCCUACGCCCCGCCCCAGCACCAGCAGCACCAGCAGCACCAGCAGCCGGAGUACUUCGCCGCCGCCAACGCAAACCAACAAUACCCCAAGCCGGCCGUCCGCAGGAAGAACGUGCCCUCCUUCGUGCAGAGCCUGCCGCUCGUGGAGGAGGAGACGAGGCAGGCCGUGUACGACACGCGCGAGCACGUGCAGCAGCAGCGCCUCGAGGAAGAGCGGCGCGAGUCCGCCGCGGACACUGUCUCGGGCACGGUCUCGGACACGGCCCUGCAGCCGUCCGCGCCGCCCCGACAGCGAAGCGGCGUCCGCCUGACGCGCUCCGGGGACUUCAGCGCGGUGAGCUGGCAGCAGGCCGGCCCCAGGCCCAACCCGUUCGACGGGCCGGAACCGUCAACGUCCGGCACUUCUUGUGCUGCUAGCAAGGCGAGCAAGGCCAGGAAGCCGGUCUCGACGAACCCUUUCGACGAGUCCGACGAGUCUGACGACGACACCACCGUCGACACUGCCGGGAAACCGGCGAAGAAGGGUCGCGAGGCCAACGACUACAGCCUGCCGGCCACGCUCGAGCACCGGGAGUUCUCGCUGACGGGGCCCUUGUACGAGAGCGCCACCCUCCACAUCGGCCGCUACGAGCGCCACCAGUGCCAGCACCGGCGCUCCGCCAGCGACACCACCGCCACCGGCACCGACACCGAGAGGAGGCUCCGCGCGCACGUCCGCGGCAAGAGGAGGGCGCCCACGCCGCCCUGCGACGCCGCGGCCGGCACCGGCACCGCCUCCAGGACCAGCACCGCCUCCAAGAAGAAGCGGCAGGCGCCGCUGCCGCCAGCACUGCUAGAGGAGCGGCUGGAGCAAGAGCGGCUGGAGAAGGAACGAGUGGAGAAGGAACGACUGGAGAAGGAACGACUGGAACAAGAGCGGCUGGAGAAGGAACGAGCGGAAAGGGACCAGUUGAACAGGACCGACAGAGGCUAG